AUGGUUCAAAGCCACAGCAACAAAUUGGAGAAGAACCAGGAGUCCAAGAAAAGCAGGAUCAGUGAGGAGACUAGGAGGAGACGAGGAGACAAGGAGGAGAAAAAGAGGAGAAAAAGAGGAGACGAAGAGAAGACGAAAAGCAGACAAGGAGGAGACGAGGAGGAGACGAAGAGGAGACGAAGAGGAGACAAGGAGGAGACGAGGAGGAGACGAGGAGACGAAGAGGAAAUGAGGAGACGAAGAGGAGACGAGGAGGAGACGAGAAUGGAAACUGCAGAGUCCCAAAGCUCCGGGUCGAUCCACAACGAAACUGGAGAAUGUGUGGAAACAUUCACUGAAGCCUCGAGCAGCGGAGAGAACCCUUCAAUCCUUCCCACGUCUUUCUCCAAGUUCAAGCUUCCCUCUCCAGGAUCUCUGGACUACCCUGAAGCCCCGCCCACAACGCCACUGAUGCCCGAAGACACGCAGAAACAAGGUGACAGCUUCAGACGUAAACUGAAAAGUGGCCUGGCCAAAGAGUUCUCUCCAUCUGCACCUCCCACGACGCCAAAGGAGCUGGUCUCUGAAACGACGAUGUCUGUGGAGGAGAUGGAGAGGAUGAGGGAGUGUGGAGAGCUGACGCAAGGCCUGGUCCAAGAGUUGGUGUCAUCUUCGCCAAAGGAGGAGAGUUUGGACAAGGACUUAACAAGGAAAGAUGGAAAAGACAUCAAGAGAAUAAAGAGUCAGAAAAGUUUCUGUCAUGAACUGAAGUUGGGCCUGUUCAAAGAGUUCACACCACUUACGUCAACGGCAAAUGAUGAAAGUUUGGACGACGACACCACGAAGGAAGCUGGAGAAGUAUCCCCUCCGUCUAUGCCAACGCUAACGGACGGACAAUUUAGCAAAAAGGCUGAGCUAGAACCAGUGCAGAUGAUGGAGGAGGAGGGGAUGAAUCUUGAUAGUUUUUGUGGUAAACCGAAACGAGACCUGGCCUCAGCUCCGUCUACGUCAAAGGAGUUGGUCUCAGAGAUGACGACUGAGAUGUCCAAGAAAGACAACCAGGGAAUGAAAAGUCAAAAGAGUUUCUGUCAAGACCUGAAAGAAGGAUUGUUUGAGGAGUUUGCUUUCUCUGGGAUGACCAAAGAACACAAUGAGAGAAUAAAAACUUGGAGUAACAUGAAGAAUGAUUCCUCUGCUCCAACGCCAAAGGACAAAAGUUUUCACGAAAGAGUAGAGCUGGAACCAGAGCUGAUGUCCAAAGAUGGUAACGAGGGAAUGAGGGAGUUUGCAGAAAAGUUAAGUUUGAAGGUGAUGAAGCACGUUAGAGAGGAGAUUGAGUUGGAGAUGGAGAAGGAGGCACUGAAAAGUCCUAGAGUGAAGGAAGACUCGUUGAAAGAGUUGAAAGCGUUUGCAGAAAGACUCAGUCAGAAUGUGAUCAAGGGAGCUCUAGGAGAUGACAGGGUGAGGGAGGACCAAAAGAUGAAACAUUGGGAGAGUUUAGAUGAAAGAACGGAGCCAGAGCUGAUGUCCAAAGAUAAGGUGGGGGUGAAGGAUGAAGACAGAAUGAAGGAGUUUGCAGAAGCAGUAAGUCUGGAGGUUAUGAAACGCGUACGAGAAGAGAUUGAGAGGAAGACGGAGAAUGAGGCUAUGAAAAAACGUGAGAUUUUAGCUCCGUCUGCAUUCCACGUAGAUGAACGAAUGAAGCGGUUUGCAGAAGCGCUCAGUCAUGGCGUGAUGCGGGAUGUUCUGGGAGAUCAGAGGUUGAGGGAUGACGAAAAAAUGGAAAACCACAACAGUUUGGAUGAAUGUUCGGACAAACCUUUGGAGCUGGAACCAGACCUGAUGCAUGGGCUGUCUGAAGACGAUGAGAGGCUGAGGGAGUUUGCAGAAGCGCUAACUCUGGACGUUCUUAAAGGUGGGACACAUAGAGUCUACCUAGAGCUGUUGGCGUCGCAGUCGGCAAACGCUGUCGUGCAAAGUUCCAUUGCCCAAGUCAAGGAAUGA